AUGGACAGGAGGACGGGCGUCGGUGUGUGUGGGGAGGGAGAGGCUGGGGCGGCAGGGCAACUGACGUCAGCCUUCACUGCAGACGUCAGGUAUCACUGCAGACGUCAAGUAUCACUGCAGACGUCAGGUAUCACUGCAGACGUCAGGUAUCACUGCAGACGUCAGGUAUCACUGCAGACGUCAGGUAUCACUGCAGACGUCAAGUAUCACUGCAGACGGUCAAGUAUCACUGCAGACGUCAAGUAUCACUGCAGACGUCAGGUAUCACUGCAGACGUCAGGUAUCACUGCAGACGUCAGGUAUCACUGCAGACGUCAAGUAUCACUGCAGACGGUCAAGUAUCACUGCAGACACGGGACAGGCGAGCAAGUGCUGCUGCGGUGCUGCACCACUGUGUGUGGUGUUGACAUUGGUGUUCUACAGACAGAGACCACGGCUGACACUUCUGUGAGGAGGAGCUGCACAGAGCAUGGAGCCUGA